GUCGCUGGCUCUGCUUCUCUGGUUACUGGCUGUUCCUUCCAUUCUGCACUUUGCUGGUUUGGGUGUCCGGGGGCUGGGGCCGAUGACUAGGCCCUUCCUGCCCUUCCUGCCCUUCCUGCCCUUCCUGCCCUUCCUGCCCUUCCUGCCCUUCCUGCUCAGUGUCCUUCGCACUUACCCGCCCGCCAUGUUUCGUACCCACUUUUCUAUUGACUGGGCUGUGUUGCUGUCCAUCAGAGUUCCACGUCCUGAUCCAUCAUACUUAUCCCACUCCACCUGCACUUUCGCUCACUCCGCAAUCUCUUGCCUGCUUUCGUCAACCCUUCCACCAACCCCCAUCACGACAUCGUGUCGUGGUUUCCUGUUUCAACCCCUUCUACUGACGACGCCAUUCAGGCUAAGAGUUGAACCGGGUUCACGACAAAUCCAGAAUCAACCAAAAUCUCCUUGGAGAGGGAUCUUUCAUUUUUUACUAGCGACCCUGUUUCCAUUCCAUACCGCAUGCGACCGGGGGUUCAGGUCAACCAUUUCCGUCCAGAACCGCUGUUUUCGGCUUCCUGGUUUCAACUCGUGGCAGACUUUCCUUCACUACGACACUCAACUCAUUUCUCCAUGACCUCGACUUUCUCUCGACCGUUUCCCGCUUUGUGGUGCGUCAAGUUUCGGAGUCAGCCUCAUCCCUUCCAACUGCGGCACCUACAUCGACUCUCGGCGACCUAUCUCCGACCGAGACGGCCACCGACAACCCAAGCCCGACCGGCAACUCAGGUAAUGGA